AUGGGCCAGAAGUCUUCACCUGGUAUCCUCUUUGAUCCCGUGGAGCAUCUGGCUUUCUCGAAGUCGAAGAUCCCACGCUCGACAAACGUUCGCAGCUUCCAUUUGGACCCCACGCUUAACUCCUUGGAGCUUGUUGGCGAAGGCUCUUUUCCACUGUUCUCGCGCGAAUGUGUAGAGUUGCUGCGCCAGGAAGUUGAGCAGUAUUUUCAAGUUGUCCUUGGCAAAGAAACCCAUAACGCUUUCAUUUCUCCUAAGCUCAGAGACUGCGAACAAAUACUCCCGUUUGUAUACCAGGCCUGGACCCAUCCUGCCACUGUCCGUGCAAUUAGUGUGAUUUCUGGUUUUGACAUGCGGCUGUGUCUUGACUACGAGAUAGCGCACUUUUGUCGUUCUCUCGAUUCCAGUCAGGUUCUGGUCCGUCAAAAGAGCGUGGCAUACCCUUACAUUUGUGUCAUGGGCCUGAAUUCCGCCAAUGUGCAGUCAUCAGGGUACGCCACAUUGCUGAAGGGAAGGCUUUCGGAAAACCUGGCUACAAAACAGCCCCAGGAAAGAGAGUCCCUGACGGUGGUGCUAUGUGCAACGCUGCAACCAGAAAAUGUGAUAUGCUACGAGGACACAAUUUUUCUAGAAAAAUGCUCGCUGCCCAUGGCACAGAAGCUCAUCAGUGACAGAGAAACGGUUCCAGUGUCGAAUUACACUGAUUUCAAAGAUUUUGGGAUCUACCAGUCCUGGCUCAACGAUUAUUAUGAUAAAGAGAACCACAGCAUAGAUAAAUAA